AUGUCCGGAAUGAACGCUAUUACCACCGUUGCCGCUUCUCUGAUCAUCAUCAUAUUUGUUAUUGUCUUCAUGAUCUUCGUUCCCAGCUACAUGGGCAUCAGGUUUGAGCGUCGACGCAUCGCAGCUCAAAACAAUCGUAGAUCAAUGAACUGGCCAUUCCCUGCACAACAGGAACAGGAACAACAUCAACAACCAAGACAUGAAUACGAUAUCGAGAUGAAUGAUUGGCCUUUGAGAUGCCCAGAACCGGCUUUGACAAGAAGACCUUCUGAUUGGCCUUUGAGAAGAAUGGAACCAGUAGUUAUGUCGGAGAGAAGAGAAAGUGUUAAGAAUGUUGGUUUGAAGUCUGGUAGUGCUGGUGGUGAUCUUGAGGGGUUCCCUUACCAUGUGCAAUAA